AUGUCCGCGGACCCCACCUCCCGAUUUGCGCCCGAGCCGAAGAUCCAGAACAAGGAUCGUGAGGUGUCCUUCAAGCAAAAGCUGGAUCAGGCCGCCCACGAUGCUCGGAAACCCGACGACGAGCCCAAUCAGAACCCAAUCAUUGAGAAAGUGACACAGUACAUCCCAGCCGUCGCCAAUAUCCUUGGACAUCCGCAGGAGGAGAGAGGUGAGAAGGUAUCGCGGCCUGGAAUUCCUGGACCCCCAGAACGGCCCUACGACGACACCCAGGUCGAAGAGUUCAUUCGGCAACAGCACCGUAGCAAGGGAGAGGACGGCUUGCUUCAAUGA